CUACAGAACUACAACUCCCGUGACGUAUCGCGGCAGUCUGUCACAUGAUACAAACGAGCCAAUGAUUUACAAAGGAAUGUUGCGGACAUCAUUGCUUGUCUUAUACGGUGUUCUAGGAGGAAUGUUUGGAAUCUCGUAGUCUCGGGUUUGCGGGGAGAUUGGGUAAACUUCCUGUUUUCAUGCCAAUCGUAAAAUGGCGACCUACAUGACUCAUGCGCAGUGAUACAGGAAGCAGCAUGUAGUCUCUGUUUUCUGGGCUACCUGUUUCGGCUGUUUAGAUUCCAAAAUGGAAGACAUCAGUGACCCAUCAAGUGAAGAAAUAGAUGAGUCUAAUUUUGGUAGUCUUGGUAGAAUUGUACUUCCAAACAAGCAUGCAGAUUAUUCAGCAUCUAAAUCAAAUGUUAAUGGGGUUCACCAGAGUGCUGACUUGUGUUUAAGCUUCCUUCAUAAAGCUAUAUGCAAAAACCAGUGGGAGAGAGCUGCCGGAUUUAUGACAAGCUAUGUGCAGACUCUUGAAGAUCGUACGACAUCACGUCAGAGGCAGGCUCCAGAGAUCAUUUGGAGGUUAGGGACUGAGAUUCUAUUAAAUCAUCCUAAAAGCACCGUGGAUGAAUUAAACUUGUUCCAUGAAAGAAUGAAAAACAUUGGAGUGAAGAAUUUUCUUCAGAUAAGUCUUGAACAAGCAUUUUACUUGCUGUGCAAUGGCCAAAUUGAGGACGCUUCCAGAGUGUUAAUGGUUGCAGAAAGCUGGAGAUUCGGAACAUUCUCUGCUUCCCAGAACAAGUUCUUCAAACUAAUACAAGCAUACCGAGCUCUGCUGGAUUACCGGGCUUGGUUGGACAAGAAAGCCUCAGUAACUGAGAGUGAUUCGGAUUUUGCUUCUCACUCUUCUACAGCUCAAGAAAUAUUUGGUUUGUACAAGCAAGCAACCACCUCUUUUCAAGAAAUCCUUCGAUUUCCAGGCGUUUGGGAUCCUUUUGUACAGUGUUAUGUGGAUCUUCUUGAGUCUUCUGGAGAGAAGCAUAAGGUUGAAGAACUGUUGGAAGAAUAUGCUUAUAAUAACAAGAAUCCUGCAAAUCCCAAUGCCCAUGUGUACUUGUAUGAGUUCUUAAAGCGGAAUGAGGCAACAAGUGAAAAACUUAUCAAUGUCUUAAAAAUAUUGCAUUCCCUUGUUCCUUCACACAGACUCAUGCUGGAAUUCAGCCAACUCCUAGCAGAAUCUGACUGUGAGAAACACCGUAAACUUGCUGUGCAGGUUGCGUUUGAUCUGUUGGAUUUCUCAUCCUGGAAGGAAGACGUUAACGCUUGGAAAUGUUUGGAGAGGCGACUAAUGAAUGCUCUUAUACGCAAUCACAAAGCAUGGGUAAUGGAUGAAUGGGGACCCAGGAAGGCCUGGUGGCCUGCUUACCACUUCAGUAAAUGCCAUGCAAGGGAAGAAUGUGAACACAGCGAACAGCUAGCAUUACGAAAAGGCAUGGUGGCGGGAUUAUUACUGGGAAGAGCACAUCAUUAUUUUUCUGCGUUCUGUAUCCUGGGAAGUAAAAUCCAGACACAAUCAUUGCAGAGCAUGAAGAAGUUUGUGAAUGCAUACAGCUGCGCCAACCCAGACUGACUUUGUGCCGUGUUUUUCGGGAUGAAAUCUACAGCAUAACUUUUCUGAACAAAUCAGUGAGAUAAAUUAAGCAGAUUGUGUACUGGAUGGAAGCAACUUGAGACUUCAGAUCAUGUUUUACCAGUGAGUUUGUCACGGUUUUACAGUCGCUACUGCUGAAUAGCAGGAUUAUUGACCAGAACCCUAAACUUACUCUGUGGGUUUUUCUUUUUCAAAGUAUUUUUUUUUUUCUCUCUCUGGUUGCAAAAUACAUGUUGUGUUUUGUUAUUAGCCAUUUGUGUCUUGGAUGUAUUUCUGUCUUGGAAAACUACAUCUACCAUAAGUGGCUCUGGUAUAUUUUAAUCAUUGUUGCUACUUGCAGAAUACCUAUUUAAAUAAAAUUAAAGAGAUGGUAAA